AACUUUAUAAUCGUCGCUGUGUUUGCAGGAGUAGCGGUACACGGUAGCCGGCGUGAGGAGGAGGAGGAGGAGGAGGAUGAAGGGCGGACUGAAGCUCCGCCCCGUUAGCACAGCGUCCCGUCGGUCCUCAUUCAAAACACAACACAGCUGAGAGCAGCGCCGCCUGUUAGCCUCACACCGCUAGCCUGUGAAGAGUUGUGUGUGUGUGUGUUUGUAUGUGUGCUGUGGCCUCUGAUGUUCCCGCUCACGUUUCACCAGAAGAAGAAAGAAGAAGAGGAAGCUUUGAGACAGGUUAGGGCCUUACAGACCGACAGGUGGUGACAGAAACAGGCCGAAGGCUCCGGCAUCAUGAACAUCUGACACACACACAUACCUGAGUGCCGGCCAGGUGUCGCUGCGGCUGAGGAGGAGGAGGAUGAUGAUGAUGAUGAUGAUGAUGAAGAAGCGUCUCCUGGGUUAGAGUCAUCUGGUGAGGGAAUGAUGGACCUCCCUAAUGGCCAAUCAGUCAUCACCACCACUGCUGUACCUGUCUCUGAGAAGAGCAGCAGCUCAGAGUCUCUCAGUGAGAAAGUUUCCUCUGACCUGAAGAAAAGUUUUGAUGCUGUUGUGUUCGACGUGCUGAAGGUCACACCUGAAGAGUAUGCAGGUCAGAUCACACUUAUGGACGCUCCGGUGUUUAAAGCGAUCCAGCCUGAGGAGCUGUCGAGCUGUGGUUGGAACAAGAAGGAGAAGCACAUCACUGCUCCAAACGUGGUGGCCUUCACCCGCAGGUUCAACCAGACGAGUUUCUGGGUGGUUCGAGAGAUCCUCCACGCCCAGACACUGAAGAUCAGAGCAGAGGUUCUGAGUUUGUACAUCCGAACUGCAAAGAAACUGUGUGACUGUAACAACCUGCAUGCAGUGAUGGCCGUGGUGUCAGCGCUGCAGAGCGCCCCCAUAUUCAGACUCGCUAAAACCUGGGCGCUGCUGAGUCGUAAAGACAAGGCAACCUUCGACCGGCUCGACUACCUGAUGUCCAAAGAAGACAACUACAAACGUUUAAGAGACUUCGUCAGCAGCCAGAGCAUGGUGUCCUGUAUCCCUUAUCUAGGGAUGUACCUAUCUGACCUUACCUACAUAGACUCCGCCUACCCAUCCACAGGAAGCAUCCUAGAGAACGAGCAGAGAUCGAACCUAAUGAAUAACAUUCUGAGGAUCAUCUCAGACUUGCAGAGGUCCUGUACCUAUGAUAUCCCCUUGCUGCCUCACAUUCAGAAGUACCUGAACUCUGUCCGAUACAUCGAGGAGCUGCAGAAGUUUGUGGAGGACGACAACUACAAGUUGUCUCAGAGGAUCGAGCCUGGCACCAGCACCCCUCGAGCCAACCCCUCCAAAGAAGAACUAGCAGGUCAAGAGGCGUCAGCAUCUCCUCUCUGUGGACGGAAGUGUACUGUUGUAGCCGAAGGAACCAGAGUGCCAGCCACGCCUCCUUCCCCCCGAAACUUGCUGCCGUAUGGACACAGGAAGUGCCACAGUCUAGGCUACAAUUUCAUCCAUAAAAUGAACACAGUGGAGUUUAAAAGCGCCACGUUUCCAAACGCUGGCUCACGCCACCUGCUGGACGACAGCGUGAUGGAGAUUCACAGUCCCAGCAGAGGACAGGCGGAGAGCUCCACGCUGUCCAGCGGCAUCUCACUCGGCAGCAGUGAGGGCUCUGAGCUCAGUGAGGAGAUGUCCUGGCCAGCCUUUGAGAGGACUCGCUUCUAUCACUCUCUGGGCCCGGUGACCCGCAUUGCCAGAGUCCCCCACAGAGGAGUCCUGAGGCCCAGCAGUUCAGCAGAGUCGGAGGAACUGGCGGUCCAUCUUUAUCCCGGAGCGGUAACUGUGCAGGGGGUGCUAAGGAGGAAGACAGUGAUGAAGGAGGGCAAGAAACCUACAGUGGCGUCAUGGACCAAAUACUGGGUGGCUCUGUGUGGAGAUCAUCUUUACUACUAUCCUGCCAAGUCCCUGAAGGCCACAGAGAGAAAACAUUUUAAAUCCACCUCCAGUAAGAGCGUGUGUGUGGUCGGUCUCAUGGCCAUGAUGGCUGACGACCCCGAACACCCUGACGUCUUCCUGCUGACCGACUCAGAGCACGGUAACACCUACAAGUACCAGGCCGGAAACAGGAUAAAUGCUCUGCUGUGGUUCAAACACCUGAGUGCAGCCUGUCAGAGCAACAGGCAACAGGUACCCACAAAUCUGAUGUCAUUUGAGUGAGACAUGCUGAAGAGAGAGAGGGGAGCAAAGGAGAGAAGAUGUUGAAGAUAGAGACGGAGUGAAGGAAUGCUGAGGAGGAGGAGGAGAGACUCUAGUGGGAGCUUUCACUGCCAUGAGCCCCGCCUCACUGCAGCCUCACCUGCCAACAACUGCCUUAACCAGCCCACCCCCCGUGUGUGUGUGUGUGUGUGUGUGUGUGUGUGUUUGUGUGUGUGUGUGUGUGCGUGUGUGAGAGAGUAAGUGUGUGUCACAGACUUUUCAUAGGGACACUUGUAAUCCUCCUCUGCUUUUUAUUGGGUUAGCUGUUUUUAUUUGCCCGUCCUGGACGCCCCUCCCUCUGCUGCAGCAUCUUUACCUUUUAAUCAGCCGAACACACAAUCACAACACACACACUCACACAAUCACAACACACACAAGCAAUCACAAAACAUGCACACACCUGAUUCUUGAGAAUUGAAACACUUUUUUUCUGACUUUAUUGUUAUUUACUUGUACACACAAGUUGUUGCAAGACUUUUGGGAUGAACCACACACAGAAGCAGAAAACACUCUCACACAUACCCUCUUUGACACAUACACACUAGCACACACACACACACACAGGCCUGUUCUGCAUGGUGGUUAACAUAAGGGCUCUUAUUCUCAUGGACUUCAGCAGACUCUGUAUGUGUGGACUUUUAUUACUGAAUUUGUCACAUACAGGCGCUGUGUGUGUUCACGUGUGUGUUUGCGUCGGGGGGGGGUGUUGUAUAUGUUCACACGGUACGAUAAUCCAGAGUCUAAGCUACGACGCGUGUAUUUCUGUGACUAGUGUUGUUGUCUCACACACACAUACACACACACACUCUCUGAACACUAAAGUUAGAAACUGUGAAAGAGUCAGAGAGAGAGCAUCAUGAUUUCUCCUCCUCUCUCUGUGUUUUUGCAGACGUUUGAAGCUUCUCGUCUGUUUGUAUUAUUGUUGUUUUGUUAUUGUUUUUUGUUGUGUUUCUUUUUUUUGGUGGGGGGUGGUCACAGUAUUACCAUGUAGUCAGCGUACUUCAGUCUGUUACAUUUGAAUGUUACACUUUUGUUUUUCUCUGUUUGUGAAUUUUAGUGUUCCUAUUAUUUUGCUCUUCUUCUUUGAAUUUGCUCACUUUAAUGUUAACGUGUUCACCUGUGAUUAACUGAAGCACCUGGUUAGAAAGAGUGCCAACUGAUAAGCCCCGCCCUCAAGCCCUGCCUCCCCAACAGAGCUGUAGAUGGUUUAGACGAGUUGCUGCUGUUUCUUCCAUCCAAAUACAGAAACUCAAUCAGGAGGAGAGAUUCAUCUUUUUCUAUCUCCUUUUUACAAACAGCUGUUUACAUUAAAUGUUUACACAAUCCUUCACUCCCCCCCCCCCAUGGUCUUCAUCACCCUGAGGAAGAGUGUUACAGUCUGCAUAAACAAUCGUUCCGUCUGACUAGAGUUGUCAACAGUUUUAAACUUGGAUAUGAUUCUAGUAAUAAUCAAAUGAUAUCGAUGCCUUUUUUGAUACUGCAGCAAAAAUAAAAGUCCUAGACACUCAAUGUUGGAUAAUUUAUUGUUUUAAGUAACAAAAAAUGCAGGCAAACUCCUGCACACUGUCUGUACCUGGAUACCUGGACCUGUGUCCUCACGUGAACCAGAACUGGUAGUUCUGUGAGCCAAUCAGAGGAUCCACUCUCUGUAAAUUACACGAUCUUGAUGGGUUGGGGGGGACAGAGAUUGUGGUCAGUUUAUGUCAAACCUCUUUAACCUGUUGAAUUUCCCCAAACAGAAACUCAUGACAGACGGACGUAUACUGUGGAGCUGACCCUGCUAGGUGCUCCCUGUGAGCCUGAGUUUACAUGUAUUUAUGUUUUAAAGAGUUUGGAGAUAUGUUAAAGCCUUUGAAAAGUUUGGACACAUUUGUUUGAGAUGUUUCCUGGUUUUUGUUUUCAGGUCGAUCUGGGCUAACAUAAUGACUCGAUCCUCCUCUGUCUGAGAUCAAAAACUGUCCUUGCUCUCCGUUAAAGAUAAUGUGUUUAUCAGACAAACCUGAUGGUCUUUGAUUUGUCCUUUAUGUCUUUCACUUUGACAUCUUCUGAAAGCACAUCCUGAAUGGACCGUUCAGAGUGAGAUCCUCUUAUACAGAUGUAUCAAGGUGUGUGUGAAUGUUGUCCUUCUUUGUGAAGGAAUGGCUUCAUUCUCUGUUUACCAAAAACAUUAACUCCCUGUGUGUUGUGUAUGGCGUGCGCUGUGACCUCACUGCUGAGUGAUGCGCUGAGAACAAAUAAACACCCUGUUUUUUUACUCCA